AUGCCGCACGCAACUUCCUCCUCGCCCAGAAUGUUCAACCGCAUCAAAGAUAAAUUCUCCAUAAAGAAGCCAUCAACAGACAUGAAGAGCGAAAUCGAUAUGGGUAACUCAAACACAACCCCCAGGCACGGUUACACCAAUCCCUUCCUCGAUACCCCUGACGAGGCACCUCCUGCCUAUGAGCCAACUAUCAAGUCUUCCAACCUCGAUAUUCCUCGUCGAGUUGCUUCUCCGGCACCCAGCCUCUCCAGCGUAACAAGUGCAGAGGAUAAAUAUGCUUUCCUUUCAACCUUUGAUACCAUAUUUAUCAUUGAUGACUCCGGUUCCAUGGCUGGCCGAUCAUGGAGAGAAGUCCGCGAAGCACUCAGCUCAAUCGCACCAAUCUGCACAUCGCACGACCCUGACGGUAUCGACGUUUACUUCCUGAACCACCGGUCAUCCGCCGUUGGAUCUGGCACGCAAGCCCCUGGAGGAUACUACAACAUCCGUGACGCCAGGCAAGUCGAGCACCUCUUCAAAUCUGUCCGGCCAUGCGGUUCUACACCCACUGGAGCUCGUCUGCACGGUAUUCUCAAGCCUUAUGUCUCGCACAUCGCUCGUCGCGCUGAGAACAUCGACUCGACCAAGCCGGUCAACAUCAUCAUGAUCACCGACGGCUGUCCUACUGAUGACCCAGAAAGCAUCAUCGUGCACCACGCCAGGAAGCUCGACCAGAUCGAGGCACCUCCUCACCAGGUUGGAAUCCAGUUCUUCCAGGUCGGAAACGAGCUUGGCGCUACAAAGGCUCUCCGCGAGCUGGACGACGACCUUGCUGGGCAGGGUAUUCGUGAUAUGGUUGAUACAGCCACAUGGAACUCUACUAAUUUGAACCACAACCAGUCGUUAUCUGCAGAGGGUAUUCUCAAGGUUGUUCUUGGUGCGGUUGUGCGACGUCUUGAUCGCCGGGCUACUCGUGGCUCUCCUCAAGGCCGCGGUUACUAA